AAUUAAGUUGCUCCUGUGGCCCUGUUCCCGUCUUUUAACCUGAAAACACCGUUAUUUAAGAGUUAUUCGCAGUUCGUGCCCGCCGCUAGGGUUACGGUCUUCGUCGGCCGUCGGGGCUUCUGAUCUUCUCCGAGGAACCCGAGAGUGAGCGUCGUCGAUCUGGUUCUAGAGAUGGCCCCUCCUCAGCCGAAGACGGGACUCUUCGUAGGGCUCAACAAGGGGCACAUCGUGACCAGAAGGGAGUUGCCUCCUCGGCCUUCGAGCAGAAAAGGGAAAACGAGCAAGAGGGUGCAUUUUGUUCGUAGCUUGAUCAGGGAAGUUGCUGGCUUUGCUCCAUAUGAGAAGAGGAUCACUGAGCUUUUGAAAGUAGGUAAGGACAAGCGAGCACUUAAAGUUGCAAAAAGAAAGCUGGGAACACACAAAAGGGCCAAAAAGAAGCGAGAGGAGAUGGCUAAUGUUCUCCGAAAGAUGAGGUCUGCUGGAGUGAGCGAUAAGAAGAAAUGAGACUGCAGGACUCGUAGGUUGAAUCACAAUCUUUAAACGUCAGGGUCUAUUAUAGUACUUUUCAGGUGUAUGUUUUUUUUUAUAGCAACUGUUAUUUUCCCUUGUGGUUCGAGAAUUGAUCUUGUAUUUUAUCCGUUUGUCGUAGUUGGAUCCAAACUAUUUCCUGUUUAGUGCUCCUUAUAAAUUAAUAAGUUAAAUAAUCUUUCGAGUA